AUGAAGAGAAACCUAAAUGAAAAUUCAACUCGAAGUACAGCAGGCUGUUUGCCUGUGCCAUUAUUCAAUCAGAAAAAGAGGAACAGACAGCCAUUAACUUCUAAUCCACUUCAGAAUGAUCCAGGUAUCAGUACUGUUUCUGACAGUUACAGUUCUCCUCCUCUACCAACAGAUUGGGCGUGGGAAGCUGUGUAUCCAGAGGUGACUCCCUUAAAGAAAACAACGAAUAUAGGGCAAAUACCAGCUUCUGCUUCUUAUUCCCUGAAAAGUCAAGAUUCUGUGUUUAAACCUAUGCAGUCAAGUGCUGAAAGAAGCCAAAGUAGUUGGGGCUUCAGAGGUGACAACAGAAAUACCAGCUUGAGAACCUGGGAUAAAAAUGAUUUCCGUCCUCAGCAUAAAACAGCAAACGCAGCAGCAAACAGUAAAUUCAAUUCGUAUUCAAUGGAUUUGGGAGCUCAACAACAGAAACAGUCAGGAAUGCCUGAAUUUCCUAACUUAGAUGGACACAAGGAAACUGGAGUACUCAGACAAACAUGUUUAUCAAAGCUGCCUGGCUCUACAGUGAAAGGCCCGGACAGAGCCAGUGCACUGCAGGCAUUUAAGCCCAGUUUUCAACAAAAUCAAUUUAAGAAAACAGUGUUGGGUGACACCCCAGGAGAAAACACUCUGAAGGAUGUCCCCUUGCGUCAGUUGAAGGAAAAAGAUAAUUCUUUAAGAAUUAUUUCUGCAGUCAUUGAAAGCAUGAGGUACUGGCGUGAACAAGUGCAGAGAACUGUACUUCUUUUUGAAAUAUUGGCUGUCCUGGAUUCAGCUGUCACACCUGGUCCACAUUAUUCAAAGACUUUUCUUAUGAGAGAUGGGAAAAAUACUCUUCCAUGUGUAUUUUAUGAAAUUGAUCGUGAACUUCCAAGACUGAUCAGAGGCCGAGUUCACAGGUGUGUUGGACACUACGACCCAGAUAAGAACAUUUUCAAGUGUGUUUCUGUUAGACCAGCAUCUGCUUCUGAACAAAAGACUUUCCAAGAUUUUGUUAAAAUUGUCGAUGCGGAGAUGAAGUAUCAUACUAAAGUAGUGAAUGAAAUGUAAACAGUGACAAAGGGAGUAUUGCAGUG